AUGGAACAGCAGGCUAAACCAAGGCCAACCACACUCUUAGGGCUACCACCUGAGAUUCAGACCAAAAUAUUCUCCUAUCUUGCUGUCUCUUUUGGAAAACCAAGCAUCCAAGCAAUUCUGAGAACGUGCAAACAAUUCUAUAACAUCGCACUCCCCAUCUCCGUGAGCAUCUUUCGGAACACCGUGCACUGUUUAGAGGGCGGAGGGCCGUGUUCCUCGGCUCGAAAUGUGCUGUUCUUGCGUUAUAUUCUCGUCUCUAAGCCCUUUCUGGCCAGGCAUGUUAAGACUGUCAUUGUAGGCAGCUUGUCACCAAGAGAUACAGAGGAAAGUAAAGAUGAGGGCCCCGGGAAUGGAAGCACCGAUGAAGAUCUCGCUGUCUAUCAACAGCAAAUUGAGACCAUUGUGGGUGCUAUUACGGGAAAGUCUUUUGACAAAACUUCUCGCUGGCGUACUGCAUGGGCAGAAGAUUUGAAAGCAGGCAACCCUGAUGCUCAGGUGACCCUGAUUUUGCUUACCUGCCCCAACAUUCGAACGUUACUAUACGAGGAAACAAGCAAUUGCUCCCAUUUUCAUACCUUGCUACCGUUUCUCCGGGAUUUGUAUUUAAAGGGAAAUCGCUACGUCGCGCGAAUCAGUCACACGGCCGUCCCACUUUCCAAUCUUCAAGAUGUGUUCCACGAAGCAAAUAAUGACAAAGUGGGCUGCCGUGAAUUCUAUUUAGAGGCACCGAGGCUCUUCGCCUUGCCUCACCUCCGAUUUUACGAGUGUAUCAUGGCUUAUGGAAGUGACGAAGCGGCCAAAAAGUUUCGUCGUCUACCACCAAGGUCUUCUUCUGUUGAAGAUAUUAACCUUCAUUCCUCCUACGCCACGGCAUCGCUGCUGAGAGACAUGCUCAACAGCUGCAAAGCGCUCAAGAAGUUUGAGUUUAUCCGGGGGAUGUAUGAUCUCUCCGAGGAGGCCAUGCCCCGAGAUUUUCUUGAAGCUGUGUUGCCUCAUGCGGAUACGCUUGAGGACCUAUACAUCAACCUUGAAGAUGACUGGGAUCAUGGAUGGAACUGGUCGAGCUGCCCCGAAAGACUAUACAUGGGCACCGAACUCAGUCAAAUGCAUGCCUUGAAGAGACUCACACUGGGCAUGCGGACACUAACCGGGAUGCUUGCUGGAAGGCCACAGAACCAUAAGAAGAUCGCGCUUCAAAUGCCAUUGAAGGUCGAAGGAGCUCCAAGGCUUGUUGAUUGCCUGCCUGAAAAUCUGGAAUACCUGCAGAUUCAUCAGUGUGGCGAAGGUAUCUUGGAACAGGCUAAAGAGUUGAUUAGCGUUGCACCACGGCGCUUCAAAAAGCUGACAUAUCUUGGUCUCCUCUUCAAUGAAUGGGAACUGGAUGGGAAGGUUGAUUUGAGUUGCACCGCCUCCAGUCUCACUUUGGAUAUUGGAUAUCAAAUCCCUGCGAUGGUCAUGUACGAUUUAGGACGAAUAGACACUAUGAAGAGAGAAGGUGAUCUCGUUCGCAACCUCACCUCUCGCAUAUACUCUGAAAAUCUCCGACGGAUUUAUUCGUGGAUGCGAGGGGUGGGCGAUGUACGCAUUCCCCAAUCGUACCAGUACGUCGAUGAUCCUGAUUUAUUUGAGGAAUAG